CGGCCGCCCCCUCCGCGACAGCUCGUACGGCGCCGGGGGCAGCCCGCCCCAGGGCCCGCGCGGAGCCGGGAGCCCAGAGCUCGGGCCCGGGCUGCGGCUGGGGCUAGGGCGGGGAGCGCCGCGGCGAAGCCGGGGGCGGGCCGCGCCGGGCGGAGCAGAGUGGCGCGGCCCUGGCUGCGGCCCAGCUUCCUCCGCCGCUUCCUGCCGCCGCGCUCGCCUGCCUGCAGCCCGCCCGCUGCUCCUAAGUGACAGAUGCGGGUGAAAGAUCCAUCAAGAGCCAACCCUGAGAAACCAAAGAGAAGCAAAAGGCCUAACAGGCCGCAGGAUGAGGACUCUUCAGAUGAUAUUUCAGGCUUAACCUGCCAGCACGUGAGCCAAGCGGUAGAUGUGCAUCAUGUGAAGAGGGCGGUAGCUCAGAGCGUCUGGUCAAUAUGUGCAGAAUGUUUGAAGGAGAGACGGAUGAGUGAUGGUGAGCCCGUGGCACCUUUGGACAUAUGGCUGUGUCUCAAAUGUGGCUCUCAGGGAUGUAGUAAGAACUCGGAAGGCCAGCAUUCUCUGAAACACUUCCAAACAGCACGCACAGAACCUCAUUGCAUUGUUAUCAACCUCAGCACAUGGAUCAUAUGGUGUUAUGAAUGUGAUGAAGAGCUGUCAACACAUUGCAACAAAAAGGUUUUGGCUCAGAUAGUUGACUUUCUUCAAAAACAUGGUUCCAGGGCUGAACCAAGUUCAUCAAAAAUCAUACGACUCCGCGAAGAGAACAGUGAAACAAGUGAAAUACUGAAAGGAAAAAGUUCUGGAAAUGGUGCAUCAGUUCCAGUUAAAGGAAUAAAUAAUUUAGGAAAUACAUGCUUUUUUAAUGCUGUCAUGCAGAACUUGGCACAGACUCACGUACUAAAUGAACUGAUGUAUGAGAUGAAGGAGAAAGGAACAAAGUUAAAAAUCUGUCAUACUUCAGACUCCCAAUUGGAUCCUCUGGUGGUAAACCUCUCCAGCCCAGGACCUUUGACUUCAGCAAUGUUCUUGUUCCUUCACAGCAUGAGGGAGGCUGGAAAAGGUCCUCUUUCUCCCAAAGUGCUGUUCAGUCAGCUUUGUCAAAAGGCUCCUCGAUUUAAGGGGUUCCAGCAGCAGGACAGCCAGGAGCUUCUGCACUAUCUGUUGGAUGCAAUGAGGAUUGAAGAAACAAAGCGUAUACAAACUGGUAUCUUAAAAGCAUUUAAUAAUCCAACUACUAAGACAGCAGAUGAAGAAACCAGAAGAAAAGUCAAAGCAUAUGGAAGAGAGGGUGUGAAGAUGAACUUCAUAGAUAGGAUCUUUGUUGGUGAAUUGACUAGCACUGUCAUGUGUGAGGAAUGUGAAAAUAUUUCAACAGUAAAAGAACCUUUCAUUGAUCUUUCACUACCUAUAAUAGAGGAGAGGGUUGCAAAACCUGUGCCUUUGGGAAGAACAGGUAAAGGUAAAAAUGUACAAGAGGCAGAUCUUGGUCAGUAUAACUGUUCUUCUAUCACUACACUGAAUAAUCAACCCAAAAUUGUCAAGAAACAUGCUUUAACAAAAGAUAAGAAUCAAUUGAACCAGGAAAGACGGCUUGCCAGAAAAGCUUCCUCGAAUGAAGAAGAAAGAAGUCCUGUUAUAAUGCAGGAAAAAAGCAAAAAGCUUGAGCUGGAAGGUGGCUCUGGCGUUCUGUGUUCCAAAGACACAACUGCUGACUCUGCUGUAAAUGGAAGUCAGACGGAUGGCAGUGAGAAGGAAGCCAGCCGCUCUGAAAGCAGCUUUGAUGCAGACAGUGAAGCCUCAGAAAGCGAAAGUGCUUCUAAGCAAACAGCUUUCAGCCUGUCCAGCAACAUGUCUGGUCUGCACGUCAACCACAUAAAUGUUAAAAUGCCCCACAACAAACCAAGUGACAGUAAUGAAGAGAUGAUUUCCAGUGCCAUAUCCAAACUCAGCUUAUGUGAUCCUAUACAUGAGGAUAAAAAAUUGAGCCGUGGAGAUCCAGCAAUAGGUUUAUCAAAUAAUUCCAUGUUCUCAGUAGACAAAUCCCCACUGUCCCAAAACCCUCAAAAUGCUUUCCAGACGCUAUCCCAAAGCUACAUAACUAGCUCAAAGGAAUGUUCUGUUCAGUCCUGCCUCUACCAGUUCACCUCUGUGGAGCUCCUAAUGGGGAACAACAAGCUCUUAUGUGAGAGCUGCACAGAAAGGAAACAGAAGUAUCAGAAGAAAACCAACUCCACAGAAAAGAAAAUGGAAGGUGUCUACACAAAUGCUCGGAAACAGCUGCUGAUUUCUUCAGUUCCUGCAAUUCUUAUUCUCCAUCUGAAAAGAUUCCACCAGGCUGGUUUGAGUCUACGGAAAGUGAAUAGGCAUGUGGAUUUCCCACUGAUUUUAGACUUAGCGCCAUUUUGUGCUGCAUCUUGCAAGAAUGUUACGGAUGGUGCAAGAGUGCUGUACAGUCUUUACGGGAUAGUGGAGCACAGUGGGUCAAUGAGAGGUGGUCAUUAUGCGGCAUAUGUGAAAGUCAGGACACCUUCCAAGAAAUUACUGGAGCAUAUUUCUACCACUAAAAAUGUUCUGGGUUUAAAAGAAGCCAUGGGAGCAUCAGGAGGACAGUGGGUGUACGUUAGCGAUGCCCACGUUCAGAUGGUUCCAGAAUCAAGAGUACUAAAUGCACAAGCAUAUCUACUUUUUUAUGAAAGAUUAUUACUAUAAGUCUCAACGAUUUAAUUUAAAGAUGGUAGUGGUUAUUUAGUUUAUCUUAUUUAAAGCUGCAGUGGUAAGAGUACCUGUAAAUAUUGUGCCUUUAUCUUGUAGAGAAUUUAUCAUAUGUUGACUCUGAAGUUCAGUCAAGCUAUUAUAAAUAUCUGAAUGGUUCUCUUAAAGUAUGCACUUUGCCAAACAUUUAAAAUUCCUGGAUUCAUUAAAAUACAGUACCAUUAGAAUGUAAGAUGAUGUCCUAUCCUACUGAGGUCUAUAGAAAGUUUGUUUUUGAUAAAGAUAAGCUUUCACCCAUAGUUCUAGAACAGUUGAGAAUAAAAAUACUGAUAGCGUUAAGUGCCUGGAUUUGGUGGUGUACAGUAACUAUGUAAAGUAUUUCAACUUCUGUGAUCUAGUCCAAAUCCUUCAAUCUCUGGUUUGGUUGUCAGCUGUUAAGAUUCCUGCAAACAAGAACCUAUCAAAUCGUGUUGCUUCCACAUGUAGUAAUUGGAAAGCACAGUGCUUCCAGAGUGGAGUAACAACAGCUGUCUCUGGAUAAGACUGCAGUGUGCUUUCCCGAUAGAGCUGGGAACAGAUUGGGAAAACGUGGCUCCCUCAAAGUAACAGUGAAUACUCAGAUACCCAGUACCCUUUCAGCUGUCUCCAGCUGGCACUGGUAUAGCAAUGUAUUCCUGUUUAAAUAUAUACUUGGUGUGCAUAUGUAUAUCCUCCUAUAUAUAUAUACACACCCACGUGUGUGUGUGUAUGCACACCAUAAAUACAUCAAUAUAUAUUCUCAUUUUACCUGCUAGGAAAGCCAAUUGCAAAUACUUCUGUAUUUAGUAAAUUUUCAACUUCAUAUUUAUGACAAUGUACAGCAUAUAAGCUUGUGUAUGAAUAUAUACGGAAUUUAAGUGCAACUCGGUAAUUCUGUUACUUUUGGUUCUAAACAUGAAUUUGUUUAUCUGUUCCUGAAUACUUUUCUCACAGGAGUAAUAAACUAUAAAUUAUUUUUGCACUGUGUGUGAGUUGGACAGUAAAUGAUGACUUUUGCCCUCCAAUAUGUGUCUGGACUUCCCUUUGUCAUCACAGGAGGACAGCACGUGUCCCGGUGGCAGAACUUGUUUCCCUAUCCUAUUUGACUGCCCUGUAUGAGGUUGUUACUUCUUUUGGCAAUUUCUCAUUUCCAUCCCAGAGACUAAUAGAUACACUAUAAGUUCAAAAUCUGAUAACUACUUUGAAGCUAUGUGGCAAUUAAUUUAUUUAAUAAGCAGUUACUUCAGUACAAAUGACUUCUGUAACAGUUCCAUCCUGUCCAACUUGCUCUUCGGUAGAGAAAUGACUAGGUUUAUUUCUGUUUACUAUUUUCAUUUAUAGAAAUGUGUUUUGGUGGGGAAAAAAAGAAAAAAAACCCAAACAAAACCCAACAACCCAUGUUGUCCCUAUUACUAUCUGUACCACAUGUUGUCAUACCUACUUGGACAACUUUCCUGUUCUUUAGUCCUGUUUCAGAGCUUCAUCUCACCUGUAUUUACUCUUUUGUAAAAAGAAAGUAGCAAAAAAUAGUAGCAUUUGCUCAAACUGCUGAGAUAUAUUUUAUAGCCACAUUACUUGUACAUACUUGUGCAAGGUACUACGGCGUGUUAGGCCAUACAACUGAUGGUCAUAUCAGAAUGAGCCCCUGGUCGCACAGGAUUUUAUUUUCCUAAGGAGAACUCCUCUGUUUAGGUCAAAAUUAGGCUAUACGUUUUGGCCAAUGCAGUCAUUUUUUCUUCCACUGAUUAAAAUUGCCUCAGUCUACCACAAAGUAGUAAAAUUCACAGAUACCAAGCAGUCAACUUUAGCCAUCUGUAUUCCAACUAAACACUUCUUAACCUGAGCCUACACUAAGAAAGAAAAAAUAAUGUUUAUACCGGAGUUAGUUAAAAUAUAUUAAUUUGCUUUUACCUGCUUAUCUUCCCAUACCCUUCAUCCACCUACACACACCUUCCUCCUCUUUAUAUAUAGCUGAUCAAAACCCACAAGUUGGUUCUGGGCAAGAGUCACAGCAAAUACCAACUGAGUUUCACUUCUGUGACACAAUCUUGCUAGGAGACCACACAUGAUGUGUAUUUCAUCCACCCUAAAGCAGAUAGACUGACUAGAGGAGGCCCUGGUCCUAGCUUUGCUGACUUCUCUAAAGCUGCUAAACUUAAGGACCUAUAGGAAUCUCCUUUUUAGCCUAGAACUACGUAAAGACUCUCCUAAAAGUAUCUUCAGUUACCAGACCAAAGAUCUUUUCAGGCCUAUAGCAUCUUCAUCGAGCUGCACCAUACCUUUGUGCUCCCCCCCAGCCCUGAGAAAGUGCAGUACCCUGCUUCUUCAUGUGGAGUAACUUAGAAAUGGCUUCCUCUUUGGUCCACCCUUCUCUUUUCACAAGGGCACCACUGUUUUCUUCAUUAGCCUUUACAUUUCCUGGAUCUCCAUAAGCCUGUGUCAAUGUCUUAUUUCAUUGAUCAUUAACCAUAAUGUUUCCCAGUCCCAUCACUUGCAUUCUUUGAACUAGCAACGCUCUUACUGGAAGAACUACUGUAACUGCAGUCUUGCCUCUCCCUACAGACUGCAGUAUAGGUAUCUGAGAAAAGCUGUGACUCCCGACUAGCUCUCUGCCAACCAGUCACAAGACAGUGCCUUUAAAACAAUGAGGAAGGAAGCAAAGUAAACAGUUUCUCAAUCUUCAGUAAGUAAAUCUAAUUUAGAGAAGUAUUUGAUUCACAUAUGGACAACUGGAACCCCCUACAAAAGCUUCCCCGGAGCAGAGGCAUCAACAAAGACGGCUGUAUCAGCUAAGGAAUCAGUCCAGACUAUAGAGCCUUUCUCCUCAGAAAGAACCUUGUUACCUUUGGAUUUAGGUACAAUUUAUACUAAACAUGGCAACAAGUGAUGGAGAGAUUUAUUAUACUAACCUACCUACACCAAUACAUUUACAAACACCACGUUUGUGUAAGUCUGUUCUCCUAAGAGAGGGAUACGAAUACUCAGUGGUGUAGAAAAAACAAACCAACCAACCCUGAACUUCUCUGCCCAAAAUGUAUGCACUGUGAUUGUCUUUGUUCAGAAAAUGAAAUCUAUGCAGUCUGCCAAACCCUGCUCCCCUGUUCCCAUCUGCGCACUCUGUGUGUAUCAAUGAAGUGCUCUUGCUUAUGGAUUUCAAGUGGUAUCAGGUGAGAGUGGUUUAUAAAUUCAUUAAAAGGCUGAAAUGUCUUAACUUCA